AUGGUGAGAUUGGAUCUUCCAUGGGAUUUGGUAGAUGAAAUACUCUCUCGACUUCCCGCAACAUCUCUAGGUCGACUACGAUUUACAUGCAAACGAUGGAAUGCUUUAUUCAAAGAUCCGGAAUUCAUCACAAAGCAAUUUCAUAAAGCAGCAAAGCAAGAUUUGGUUCUCAUGUUGAGUAAUUUUGGGGUUUACUCGAUGAGUACCAAUCUCAAAGAAAUUCCCAACAACAUUGAAAUAGCGCAAGUUUUUCAUUGCAACGGCUUAUUGUUAUGUUCCACGGAAGAGGGUAACAAGACUAAACUCGUGGUUGUGAAUCCGUGUACUGGUCAGACCAGGUGGAUCGAACCAAGAACUGAUUACAAUUAUAAUCAUGAUAUCGCUCUAGGUUACGGAAACAACAGCACCAAGAAAUCGUACGACAGCUACAAAAUCUUGAGGAUUACGUAUGGUUGCAAACUCGUUGAAAUCUUUGAGCUAAAGUCUAAUUCAUGGAGGGUUCUUUCUAAAGUCCAUCCCAACGUGGAAAAACACUAUUAUGGAGGCGUGUCUUUCAAGGGAAAUACCUACUGGCUUUCGUAUACGAAAUUCAAUAUAUUGAGUUUUGAUUUCACAACAGAGACAUUUAGAAGUGUGCCUCUUCCGUUUCUGUAUCAGGAUGGUUUCGUUACUUUAGCUCUAUCAGUUGUUAGAGAAGAGCAACUUCUGUUGUUACGUUCGAGGUUUGAUAUGGGACAGGUUGGGAUAUGGAUGUGUAAUAAGAUUGAUACUGAAACUGUGUUGUCGUGGAGCAAAUCCUUUACAUUGGAAUUUGAUUCUCUGCGUGAUCUUCCUGUUAUGAGUAUUCUGAGAAUCUUCAUUGAAGAAGACAAGAAAGUGAUUGUUGUGGAUUGUGAUGACAGAUGGAAGGAGAACAUGAUAUACAUUGUUGGAAAGAAUGGAUUCAAAAAGUUAAGUUAUGAGAAAGACCGAUCUAAUCUUUGGCGUCUGCCGUUUUUCUUUAGUUAUGUUCCGAGUUUAGUUGGUUUAUAUCCACCAAUGUAAUGCUUGUAGCUUUUAAGGAUGCAUAAAACGUUAUCUUAA